UGCUAUCUACUGUCAACGUCAAAUUGUCAAGCAAACUUUUAACUUGGCCAAAUAUUAUUCCUUUUUUGUGUUAAAUAUAACUAUUUACUAGUUCAUAAAAGCCGAAAGCCCUUAUUUUUAAUCAAAACCACCACUUCUGUUUUUACAAGCUCUUAACUAAUUGGAAAGCCACUUAAAAUGAGUGCAAUAUUUAAUUUCCAAAGUUUGCUGUCUGUUAUAUUACUUCUGAUAUGCACCUGUGCUUACUUACGGUCGUUCUUCCCUAGUAUAAUGGAUCGCAAUAAGACAGGAUUAUUAGGCACAUUCUGGAAGUGUGCUCGGAUUGGCGAAAGGAAGUCCCCCUAUGUUGCAUGUUGUUGUAUUAUUAUGGCAUUUAGUAUAUUGUUCCUCACAUAAUUGUAAACUAAUGUCAUAGCUGUAACAGAUCUACUUAUAUUUUUUAAUUUGUAAAUAAACUUAUACAAAUAA